UCAGUGUGAACUAAAUAUGUUGAGUGACAUUGAAACAAAAAGCAAAUGAAGGCAUCUGUGUAUUUAAGAGCUUAAUGCGUAGCUAUUGUUUGCUCAUUUAUAACAGUGGGUUAUUCAGAUGUCAGGGCGGGGGGAGGUUACCCGGAUGAAGAACACAUGUGAGUUCAGUGUAACUGCAGCAGCUUUAAAACGGCUCCUUUUCUUCUUAUAUCGUUCAGUCUGCUGUACUGACGGACACGCGUAUCCCUUCAUUCACCUCCAGAUCACUCUGCAAAAUGCUGCGUUUACCCAGUGUAAUGAAACAGAUGAGGCCAGUGUGCAGGGCGCUGGCCCCACACCUGACCCGUGCGUAUGCCAAGGACGUCAAGUUUGGAGCAGAUGCCCGCGCCCUCAUGCUCCAGGGCGUUGACCUGCUGGCUGAUGCUGUGGCCGUCACCAUGGGACCAAAGGGUCGCACCGUUAUCAUUGAGCAGAGCUGGGGCAGCCCUAAAGUCACCAAAGAUGGUGUCACAGUUGCCAAAAGUAUCGACUUGAAGGAUAAGUAUAAGAACAUCGGGGCCAGGCUGGUACAGGACGUGGCUAACAACACAAAUGAGGAAGCUGGAGAUGGCACCACAACCGCCACAGUUUUGGCCCGUGCUGUUGCCAAGGAAGGAUUUGACACCAUCAGCAAAGGCGCCAACCCUGUGGAGAUCCGUAGAGGAGUCAUGCUGGCGGUGGAAGAAGUCAUCAAUGAACUCAAGAAACUCUCCAAGCCGGUCACAACACCAGAGGAAAUUGCUCAGGUGGCCACUAUUUCUGCCAAUGGAGACACUGAAGUUGGUAACAUCAUCUCCAAUGCUAUGAAGAAAGUGGGCCGCAAGGGUGUUAUUACAGUGAAGGAUGGUAAAACCCUACAUGAUGAGCUUGAGAUCAUUGAGGGCAUGAAGUUCGACCGUGGCUACAUUUCUCCUUACUUCAUCAACACCGCUAAAGGCCAGAAGUGUGAGUUUCAGGAUGCUUACCUGCUUCUGAGUGAGAAGAAGAUCUCCAGCGUACAGAGCAUCGUGCCAGCACUGGAACUUGCCAACCAGCAUCGCAAGCCUCUGGUCAUCAUUGCUGAAGAUGUGGACGGAGAGGCACUCAGCACUCUGGUCCUCAACAGGUUGAAGGUUGGACUUCAGGUCGUUGCAGUUAAGGCUCCAGGAUUCGGGGACAACAGGAAAAACCAGCUGCAGGAUAUGGCAAUUUCCACUGGAGGCACGGUGUUUGGUGAUGAGGCUGUGGGUCUGGCCAUUGAGGAUAUCCAGGCACAUGAUUUUGGCAGAGUCGGCGAGGUCAUUGUGACAAAGGAUGACACGAUGCUCCUCAAAGGCCGUGGUGAUUCAGCAGCUAUUGAGAAGCGUGUGAAUGAGAUCGCUGAACAGCUGGAGAGCACUAACAGUGACUAUGAGAAGGAGAAACUCAACGAGCGUCUGGCCAAGCUCUCCGAUGGAGUGGCUGUGAUUAAGGUUGGAGGAACAAGUGACGUUGAAGUGAAUGAGAAGAAAGACCGCGUCACUGAUGCGCUGAAUGCCACUCGAGCUGCUGUGGAGGAGGGAAUAGUUCUUGGAGGAGGAUGUGCCCUGCUGCGCUGCAUCCCAGCCCUGGACAACAUCAAGCCAGCCAAUGAUGAUCUAAAGAUUGGUAUCGACAUCAUUCGCAGAGCGCUUCGUAUUCCUGCAAUGACUAUUGCCAAGAAUGCAGGAGUUGAGGGCUCUCUGGUGGUGGAGAAGAUCUUGCAGAGCGCUCCAGAGAUUGGAUAUGACGCUAUGAAUGGAGAAUAUGUCAACAUGGUCGAAAGAGGCAUUAUUGACCCCACAAAGGUCGUGAGGACUGCUCUGCUAGAUGCUGCAGGCGUUGCAUCUCUGCUGUCUACUGCUGAAGCCGUUGUCACCGAGAUACCAAAGGAGGAGAAGGACAUGCCGGCGGGAGGAAUGGGAGGCAUGGGUGGCAUGGGAGGCAUGGGUGGCAUGGGAUUCUAAACCGAUCUGCACCGACGUUAGUGAAAGGGUUGUGGGCAGGGGACAUGAUUUGCCCCUCCCUUUCGAACCUGCCGAAAUUGAGUGCUGGUGGUCUGAUCAUGGAGCAAAAGAAAUGGACCUUACAGUCUCCCAUCCUUCCACCGCUAUGUCCAAUCUUAUCUCUCUACUCAUGGCUGAAGACGUCACCCUACCGUGGGAGAGUCUGUCUGCCUUUGUUCUAUAUCAUUGUGCUCACCAAGUCUAAUGGGAAAGUGCAUUUAACAUUGCAUACUGUCAUGCUGUUGUGUUGUACGAAUAUCAUUGUCCGUAUAGCUGGUUUUGAAUCAGACCAUCUGUAGGGGCUUUAAAAGCCAGAUGUUCAGGUUAAAGUUUGUCUUAAUGAGCAAGAAAGUAGUAGGAACUUUGACCACUU